AGUCGAUUAUAGAAUCGAUUUUAUUUCCAGAUAUACAAACAAUAACAAAGAUUCUUGCUGCGUACUAUUUGUUUUUAUACGUGUCAAAUGCUUUGUCUAAUUGCGAGUUAACAACGCUAAAAAACGGCACAUGCGCACACCCAGCGACGGACAUUCCAGUGCACAAAGGAAAACCCACCACCAGCCAAGACAGCGGAAACAGGCGGAGUGGGAAAGCUGCGCUUUUCCAGGGAGAAAGCGAAGCUAGAGAGAGGACGCCCGAAGCCCAACGCCAUAGCAGCAGGCAGCUCGCUAUUUGAGCCAACGACAUUCCGCUGCUCCGUCAGUUUUCAGAGGACCUUCGAAGUGGGCAGCCGAGAAUCCAACGUCUCCUUGAACGCAAAGAAAAUCCACAGUUUUGGCAGGGAAAAAAGCUCAAGUGCGUGAAAAGCGAGUCUCAAAAAGUUAAAUGCGAGAAUUUACAUAACGCCGAGCGUUGAAAGUGAAACUUCUGUGGUGCGAAACACUGAACGAAAAUCAGCAAACCCAUUACAAAAUACAUUCUGCCCAGUGUGUAAUAAAGUUGGCGCAAGGAGCGGGAGAGCAUCUGCCAGGCAAUAGAGAGCGAGAGACCGAGCGACGAGAGAGCCGAACGUGCGCACGUUUUCUGGUUGGGAGCCACCUCUCACACACUCAAGCCAACACACAACCAGCGAGCAGGCUAAUCCUUGGCAGCGGGAGCAGCACCAGCACCAGUAACCAGUAGCGAACAUGUUUUCGGGCCUAACAAAUCAAUUUACGUCGCUGGUGGGCGCCGUGAAGGGCGGCGCUGGCGACGAGGACGUGCCCGCGCCCACAGGAGAGGCGGCCGCAGCCGCACCAGCAGCCGCCUCCACAUCUUCGGAGGCGGUGGCCGCCGCUGUUGAUCCGGAGGCAGCAGCAGCCGCCGGCGGCGAGGGACUCGAGGGCGAGGAAGCUGGCAAAAGCCUUCCCAAGUCCACAUCCAUGGUUGAUUCAUUUGUCACAGAAGCCACCGGAUGGCUGGGCAGCGCCAAGGGUUGGUUGGGCAACGCCUCGAUACCGUCGAUGCCAGCCAUGCCGUCGAUGCCAUCGAUGCCAGCCAUGCCAGCGAUGCCGUCGAUACCAUCAAUUCCGGGACUUCGCAAAACGGGAGGAGCCGACGGAGCCGAGGGCGCCGAGGGAGCUGCCGCCGGAGAGGGCGGCGCCGCUGCCAGCGGAGCCGUGAGUGGUGGCGAGGAUGACGACAAGUCGAGGUAUAUUAGUGCUACAGAAGGCGCCGACUCGCAUCCUGCAUCCGGCGGUGGCACGCCCACCGGCGACGAGGGUCAAAUCGGACAGGGUAAGGGCGAUGAAGUCAAAAUUACCACGAAAGUAACACAGCAGGCCAAACACUUUGGAUCCUUCUUGUCAUCGGCCAUCAGCAAGGCUGGCAGCAAAAUCAAGGAAACAGUCAAGGAUAAUACCAUUCUCGACUCAUUCAACAAGGAGCAGGAGGCCUUUAUCAAGGGACAGGGUGGUGUUGGCAAUGGGGCAGCCCCCUGGAUUGGACACGCCAACGAGGCCAAGAUUAAGGAGGAGAUCCUGGGCCUGUCGCAGGAUCGCCGCAACUUUGUGCGCGCCCCGCCCGCCGGCGUGGACUUUGAGUUUAGCUAUGACACCGCCUACCCCACGGCCAUAGCCAUUAUGGCCGAGGACAAGGCGCUCGAGACGAUGCGAUUCGAGCUGGUGCCCAAGAUCAUCACUGAGGAGAACUUCUGGCGGAAUUACUUCUACCGCGUCUCACUGAUCAUCCAGGCCGCCGAGCUGGGCACUCUGGGCGCCGAUGGCGUGGGCCAGGCCUCCAGCGGUGAAGAUGCCAAAAAAGCGGUCAUUAAUGACGAAAGCAAAACCAAGACUGCCGAACCAGCCAAGAGCGAUUCUAGCCUGAUUAAACCCAUUGCCGAGCAGCCAAAGGCCAUCGUUGAGUCCCAGGAGGCCCAAGAGCAGCCUCAGCCCAAGGCUCGUGCCGCCGGCAAUGAGUUGGAUCAGAAAAUCUCCGAAUCGGAGUUCGUUUCGGAUGACUUUCAGACCACCAGCGAAUCGGACUUGGCUGAGAUCCAAGCCGGCAUGCGUAAGCUGGGCAUUGACAGUAUGACCCAACAGGCCUUGGCCACGACUGACGAGGAACAAUGGGAAAAGGAUCUGGAAGCUGAACUCAAAGACUACGAGGUGGUGGACGAGGGCGGCACUGGCGGCGGCGGCGGCGGAGGACGUAGGAAAGGAAGAAAGGCCACACAGGAGGAGGACACCCAGGCGGAGGAGGAGGAUGAACCGACAAUAUCAAACUUGCGCACACGCUCGACUAACAACGAUUGGGAGGAGUACGCCGAUUUAAUUGAGGAUACCGAUGAUUUAAAGUAAUUAAGAGCUUAUAUCGUAGUUUCUUCUAAGUUGGCUCUAAGUUUAUAACUAUCUUUACUUUAUCUUUCUUUCCAUUCCUUUCUACCCUUGUUUCCUCCUUGAUUGAUUACCCAAAAAAAAAUAUAUUGUUAACCCAAACCAAUCUAAAAAAAAUACUUUCGAAACCACAGAACUUUGAAGUGCCUAAAGCGCACCAUGUUGGGCUAUCCAUGAGACGAGGCCGUCCCAGCGCUCUUCUAGUGCCGGCGGUGGUCCACAGCCCCAGGGGCCUGCCUUGUGGUGGCCUAUUGGAAAAGUUGGUUGAGAAUGUACCUAACACCCACUCCAUUAUUGGCCCCCCCAGAGCAAAGCGUUCUAUUCAGUUUCCUUCUGACAUGAUAUAAGACACUAAAA